AUGGCUGAAAGAGGUGCAUAUUUAACUGGAACAACAAAUUAUGGCAAACCAACAUUAUUUGAAAUUGUUGCUCAAGAAUCAUUAGCAUCAACAAUUGAACCAGCUUUUAAAAAAAUAUUUUCUUUUUUUGCAACUUGUAAUGUUGAUAAAUAUGGAUGGACAUUAGAAUGGUCUGAUGAAUUCUACGCAUUAUUUAAUGGUUUUCUUCAAAAAUUUUAUCUAAAAAAUUAUGAUGCUUCAUUUUCGGAAACAUUUUAUGGAUUAAAAAGAAUAUCAAUAUCAAAUACAAAUACAGCAAAUAAAUUAUCUGAUAAACAAAAAUUAUGUUCAUUAAUUUUGUUGAUACUUAAUCCAUAUAUAAAAUCAAAAAUAGAUAAAUUUGAACUAGAUAAAAUUGAUGGAAAGUACUUAAAUAAUAAUUGGAAAAAUAAUAUUAAAAUAUAUUUUAUAAAAAUAUAUAAAAUAUACAAUUUAAUGCAUUCAUUUUUGGGAAUUUAUUACUAUUUAUUGUAUAUAUCAAAACGAUCAUUUUAUCCAACUCCAUUAUUACGUUUCAUGUCAAUGACAUUGACAUAUUCAGCAGGUACAGAAUUUACAUCAAUAUCUGAAUUAUUAAGUAAAUGGAAAAAUGGUACUUUUACAACACAUGAUGGUGCUCAUUUAAUUCAACGUGGCUUUACAAGAUCCCUAGAACUUGGUGCAUUUUUUCUGCAAUUUAUCAAUUGGUGGAAUCAAGAAAAUUUUAAUGUUAAUCUUUUAGCAUUGCCAGUUCCACCGGCUCCAACAGUUCCUGAUAAGGCAAAAAAAUAUAAAGGAUUAUGUCCAAUUUGCAUGAAAAAACCAAAAAUACCAACAGCUAUUGCAAUUUCUGGCUAUGUUUAUUGUUAUCAAUGUAUAUUGAUAAAAAUAAAAAUUGAAGGUAAAUGUCCUGUUACAAAUUAUCCAGCAAAAGAAGAUGACUUGAUACGUCUUUAUGUUGAUUAAAUAAAUUAACAAAAGAUAACUAUCAAAAUAAUACGUUUUAUUUAUUUAUUUUUUAAAAAUUGUUUAUAAAGUUUAUCAUAUAUUUGUAAUUUUGUAAAUUGUGCAGAAAAAUAUAUAUAACUAUGUUAAGAG